AUGGUUGGACUCUUUCCCAGCUCAACUACCAUCUAUCAGGCCUUGCUGCCUACGUCUCCAUACUACAAGCCUGCUCCCAAACCAGCCGAGCACCCCCAGAAGCGGCCUAUCUUCUCGACAUGGAGUGCCUCAGACACAGCGAAAGGCAAGGCCGUUGAAAUAAGCGCAGCCGCCCAGGCCGAGUACGAGAAGGCGAGUCAAAAGGCUCAAGCUAAGGUUGGAGGCAUCGAGCUUUAUUCAGCCAAAUACUAUGCCGCUUGUACCGUGGGAGGCAUCCUAGCUUGUGGCACCACCCAUACGGCUGUCACACCUCUCGAUCUGGUCAAAUGCCGUCGUCAAGUCGAUCCCAACCUCUACAAGGGGAAUUUCGAAGCCUGGAGGUUGAUUGGCAGGGCAGAAGGCGUCCGUGGAAUUUUCACUGGCUGGGGCCCCACGUUCGUCGGCUAUUCGGUCCAAGGCGCGGGCAAGUACGGCUUCUAUGAAUACUUCAAGCACCUCUACACCCAGCUGGCUGGUGAAGAGAAAGCCGACAAAUACAAAACUUUGCUCUAUUUGUCUGCGUCGGCCUCGGCCGAAUUCAUUGCCGAUGUUGGCCUUUGCCCAUUCGAAGCCGUCAAGGUUCGAAUGCAGACCACGAUCCCCCCGACAUUCACGGGAACCGUCCAAGGCAUUUCUUCCAUCACCGCCAAGGAAGGCGUUGCCGGAUUGUACAAGGGUCUCUAUCCUCUGUGGGCCAGACAGAUUCCCUAUACCAUGAUGAAAUUUGCCUCUUUUGAGAACAUUGUCGCAGCCAUCUACAACUAUCUCCCCGGACAGAAGUCGGAUUAUAACAAGGGAGCCCAGACUGGUGUUGCCUUUGUUGGUGGCUAUCUUGCUGGUAUUCUCUGUGCGAUUGUCUCGCAUCCCGCAGACGUCAUGGUUAGCAAAUUGAAUGCCGAUCGCGCUCCUGGUGAAAGCGUCGGCGGUGCAUUGAGCCGUAUUUACUCCAAGAUUGGCUUCGCGGGUCUCUGGAACGGUCUCCCCGUGAGAAUUGUCAUGAUCGGAACAUUGACUGGACUGCAAUGGAUGAUCUACGACUCCUUCAAGAUCUUUAUGGGAUUGCCGACUACUGGUGGAGGUGACAAGGAGAAGACAACGAUCAAAACAUAG